CUUAUAGUGCGGAAAAUACGGUAUAUAUUCAUUAAUUAUAAAUAAUGCAAUUCAAAAGGACUGGAUUCGAUUUUAUUAUUUAUUAUUUGUUUUAUUGUCUUUUCUCAGGAUUAGCGGUGCGAAUGAUUUCUGAUUGCAAUGUUUAUUAAUGACCCUUUUCCACUGCUGUUAUUUAAGAUCAAGGAGUAGGGGGUGGGUGGAUGCCAAACUCAAACCGGUCGGGUUUGAUUUUGCAGGCGCAUGGUAAGAUUGUUUUGAUGUGAAAGCUCCAGCUGUCAAGUCACGUUUCAUCAACUCGCCUUUGUUGCCGUUUUUGGGACGCUUAUGUUUAUAUUACAAAGAGUUCGACGCAGGCGAGGGAAAUGAAUUGAGGGCAACCCAAAUGAUUAGACAGAAGAGUAUUUCCUUUUGGGACGUCAUUAGUUGUCUCGCAGUUGUUGAUUUUCAACAUCUGACCUUAACGUUGUUAGUUUGAACAGACUAAUCUGACAAGAGAUAUGUAAGCCGAUCUCUCCGACAUGGAGUCUAAUAGACUCAAAUUGGCAACGGAUGGCGCAACGAGCACAUCGGAGAGGGUGCGUCCCACUUGAUCUUAAUCACAUCAGUGUCCUCGCUGCUGUGUCCCGUCGUCAUAAAAUGAGCAGAAACCGUUUUAAAAUUGACUUUUGCUUCACUCGACCUGCCGUUUCCUGUCACUCAGAAAGCCCCCGAGCAUCGACGAGAUCGGCUGUUGUGCCGCUCAUUGGAUUAGCGGCCUAAUCACAAACCUGGCCGUGGCUGAUUCAUAGGCAACAUUACGGCUCUCAACUGAGAUGAGUUUACUUUUAUUGGAUGUGCUGAUCUGUUUAUAUCACCAAUUGUCUGAAAAUAUCUGUAGGUUUUUUCUAUAAAUCUGCUCAGAGGUGAAAUACAAUGUUGUUCAAAAUCACAACCUAUUCUCUGUUUGGUAAGUUUGCUAUUUUAUAGUGCUUUUGUUUGACUGUGUAUAGUGAGUGCAGGUUGCCCCCUACAGUGGAUGAAAAAAUCUACACACCCCUGAUCACUUGCCUGAUGUAUAAAAAGUAGAGCAGGAUAGAUCAUUCCAAAAUCUUUACAAAUGAUAGAAAAUAAAAAGUGGAAUUUUGAUCUGCUGUGCUACAAUUUCCUCAAGAAUUUUUGAGAAUUUACUUUCAGGUCAACGUAUUUUAUUUAUUUAUUUAUUUAUUUAUAUACAUUUUUUGAUCAGGAAUGUAAGUAAACCUUUUGAGAUGAUCAAAAUCUGCCCUUGAUUAUUAAUAUAAUAAUAGUAAUAAUAAUAAUAUGUUAAUAUUUAUGAUUCAAGGGUUUGGUUCAGAAACAGGUGUAUUUUUUUUUCUGAAACCUCAUAGCUGUAAAUUACAAUGCAUGGUGAAAUCUGUAUUGCGCAACCUUUUCUAGGUUGACUUUGAUUGACUUUUGCAACUCAUUAGCAACUUUACAAAUAAAAUCAAAAUAUUGAAGAAAAAAAAAAAGCCCAUUGGUGAAAGAUUUGUCUUGAUGCAGACAUGAGAGGAUGAAGGCUUUCGUGUAAAAAAAGAAUUCAAAUUAGACACCCUCUCAUCUUUCAAAAAGUUAAAUAUCAGACUAUAAGGUAUGGUAAUUAUGCGGGUAUAAUUGCUUGAGCCCACUUCAGUCUAUAAAUGAGCUACUGCUCUCUUUGAAUAAAUUAAUGCACUUUUUUUAUGAGCUCAUUAGCACAUUUCAAGUUUCAAUCAAGCCAAUAGUCGCCAGUAGCAUUUUAUCUACGGUAACAGUACAAACGGAUUAUUGUGUUUUGAGAAAUCUAACAUCCAUCUUUUUUUUUUUUCUUUGUUGCCAGAAGGAUCUUCCACUGCCACGGAAAAGUAGCAGUUGCAGAACAAGUAACCGGAAAAGCCUCAUCCUGACCAGUACGUCUCCCACCCUGCCCAGGCCUCACUCCCCACUGCCUGGACACAUCGGAAGCAGCCCAUUGGACAGCCCACGCAACUUCUCACCAAGUGGUCCCGCCCACUUUUCUUUCGCUUCUUCAAGAAGGCCUGAUGGUCGUCGAUGGUCCCUGGCUUCGCUUCCUUCCUCGGGAUAUGGCACCAAUACUCCCAGUUCAACGUCAUCCAGCUCGUCCCAGGAACGUCUGCACCAGCUCCCCUUCCAGCCCACCAUGGACGAGCUGCACUUCCUGUCCAAGCACUUUGGCAGCACGGAGAGCAUCACGGACGACGACGGGGGCCGCCGCUCGCCGCACGUCCGUCCUCGCUCUCGGAGCCUCAGCCCGGGGCGCUCGCCAUCCUGCUACGACAAUGAAAUAGUGAUGAUGAACCAUGUGUACAAGGAGCGCUUCCCCAAGGCCACAGCUCAGAUGGAGGAGAGGUUAUCAGAGUUCAUCCACAACUACUCCCCAGAGAGCGUUCUGCCUCUGGCCGACGGCGUCCUCAGCUUCAUCCAUCACCAGAUAGCCGAGCUGUCUCGAGACUGCCUGACCAAAUCGCGAGAGGGCCUCAUUACUAGUGUUUACUUCUGUGAACUUCAGGAAAACUUGGAGAAACUCCUGAAUGACGCGUACGAGCGCUCCGAGAGUUCGGAGCUCACCUUCGUCAUCGAGUUGGUCAAAAAGCUCUUUAUCAUCAUAUCGCGGCCGGCCAGGUUGCUAGAGUGCUUGGAGUUUAAUCCGGAAGAGUUCUACCAUCUGUUGGAGGCAGCCGAGGAUCACGCCAAGGAGGGCCAGUUGAUGAAGGCGGACAUCCCUCGAUACAUCAUCAACCAGCUCGGGCUCACCAGGGACCCCCUGGAAGAUAUCGUGAGUCUCGACAGCUACGACAGCGAAGGACCACACACGCCAGAGACCGAUGACUCAACAGAGGGUAAGGGGCGAGCCAUCAAGCCACCAAGUGAGGAAGACUUUCAAAGCAUCAAACUAAUCAGCAAUGGCGCUUACGGGGCCGUGUAUCUGGUGCGCCACCGGGAGACCCGACAGCGCUUUGCCAUGAAGAAAAUCAACAAGCAGAAUCUGAUCUUGAGGAACCAGAUCCAGCAAGCCUUUGUGGAGAGAGACAUUCUCACCUUUGCGGAGAACCCCUUCGUCGUUUCCAUGUUUUGUUCCUUUGAAACGCGCAGACACUUGUGCAUGGUGCUGGAGUACGUUGAGGGUGGUGACUGUGCCACCUUGUUGAAGAACAUUGGUGCUCUUCCGUUGGAGCUGGCCAGGAUGUACUUUGCUGAAACCGUUCUGGCCCUCGAGUACUUGCACAACUAUGGCAUUGUUCACAGAGACCUGAAGCCAGACAAUCUAUUAAUCACCUCCAUGGGCCACAUCAAGCUGACCGACUUUGGCUUGUCCAAAAUGGGCCUGAUGAGCCUCACCACCAAUCUAUACGAAGGACACAUUGAGAAAGACGCCAGAGAGUUCCUGGAUAAGCAGGUGUGCGGGACUCCAGAGUACAUCGCCCCGGAGGUGAUUCUCCGUCAGGGCUACGGAAAGCCGGUGGAUUGGUGGGCGAUGGGCAUCAUCCUCUACGAGUUCCUUGUGGGCUGUGUGCCUUUCUUUGGAGACACUCCUGAGGAGCUGUUUGGGCAGGUCAUCACUGAUAAUAUGGUUUGGCCUGACGGCGAUGAUGCCUUACCUGAGGAAGCACAAGCCCUCAUCUCCGCCCUGCUGCAGACCAACCCCCUCGUGAGGCUGGGCACAGGUGGAGCGUUUGAAGUGAAGGAGCACCCAUUCUUCACAGAGCUCGACUGGAACAGUCUGCUGCGACAGAAAGCCGAGUUCGUCCCUCACCUGGAGUCGGAGGAGGACACCAGCUACUUUGAUACACGCGCCGAUCGUUACCACCACAUCAACACGUACGACGGGGACGACACCAACGAUGACGAGCCGGUGGAGAUCAGACAGUUUUCCUCCUGCUCCCCUCGAUUCAGCAAGGUGUACAGCAGCAUGGAGCAUCUCUCUCAACUGGAGCAGAAAACGUCCACCACCGGGUCCCGUCGGGAACACAAGAGCUCAAGGGAGGACAAGGUGACCAAGAGAGAGAGCCUGGGAAGCUUCAGCAUGCGAGACAAGAGUUGGAGGACUGGAUCUCCUGAGAUGAAGCGCCUCUCCUGCUCAGAGUCGCUCUACAUGGAGGGUGACGCCAGUCCGCCAUUGGGCGCACGGCGACGAUUCUCAGCGCUGAUGGACACGCAUCGUUUUGCCUCCCCCAUCGAAGGAGAAUCGGACUUUGUGUCCAGGCCGACCCCCAUCAGGGUCCGGGGAACUUCCCUGGAUGGGACCGGUGUUCCAUCCAUACACCACAUGGAGUCGAGGAGCAGUUUGAAAGAAAUCAACGGAGCCGAUAAAUCACCCAAGCAAGGAGAGACGCCUGGAGUUGUGAGCAUUAACACGUUGGGUCCAGCUCCUCCCACAACAAUCGGUCGCGAUGUUAUGACGCCUCUGUAUGACCCCCUGGGGGCCCGGGCCACCAAUGACCUGGUCCUCAGGAGGGCGCGUCACCCGCAUUUGUCUGGCGAUGGGGAGAAACGUAACUCCAGAGCUGGAAACAAGGUCAUCAAAUCUGCCUCGGCGACAGCUCUAUCUGUCAUCAUACCAUCUGUGGAGCAGCAUGGUGGCUUUUCUCCAUUGGCCAGCCCCAUGUCCCCCCACUCCUUCUCCUCCAAUCCCUCAUCUCGCGACUCGUCGCCCAGUCGAGACUUCUUCCCGACUGUCAACGUGCUGCGCUCGCCCAUCACCAUCCAUCGCUCUGGAAAGAAAUACGGCUUCACCCUCAGGGCCAUCAGGGUCUACAUUGGAGACAGCGAUAUCUACAGCGUGCAUCACAUAGUCUGGCAUGUGGAGGAAGGUGGUCCAGCCCAGGAAGCUGGUCUGUGUGCAGGCGACCUCAUCACUCAUGUGAACGGUGAGCCGGUCCAUGGUCUGGUCCACACUGAGGUGGUUGAGCUCAUCCUCAAGAGCGGCAAUAAGGUGACAGUGACAACCACGCCGUUUGAGAACACCUCCAUUAAAGUGGGUCCUGCCCGCAAGGCCAGUUAUAAGUGCAAGAUGGCCCGGAGACACAAGAGGACCAUUGGCAAGGACGGUCAAGACAGUAAGAAACGAAGCUCGCUGUUCCGCAAGAUCACAAAGCAGUCCAAUCUCCUCCACACCAGCCGCAGUUUAUCCUCUUUGAAUCGCUCGCUGUCCUCCAGCGAGAGUCUUCCCGGCUCGCCGACCCACAGCCUCUCUGCCCGCUCCCCGACUCAGGGGUACCGUUCCUCCGCUGAGCCGUCAUACCUGGGCGCUUCAUCUCAAAGCAGCUCUCCAGCCUCAAGCACUCCAAACUCCCCCGCUCCCUCUCAGCACAUGCGGCCCAGUUCCCUUCAUGGCCUCUCCCCCAAACUCCACCGUCAGUACCGCUCUGCCCGUUGCAAGUCCGCUGGCAACAUCCCCUUAUCCCCGCUGGCCCACACCCCAUCCCCCACCCAGUCCUCACCCCCUCCUUUACCGGGCCACACUGUGGGAAGUUCCAACACCACUCAGUCCUUCCCCGUCAAGCUCCACUCGUCCCCCCCGGUGGUCCGUCCCAGGCCGAAGAGCGCGGAGCCGCCACGCUCGCCCCUUCUGAAACGCGUGCAGUCGGCAGAGAAGCUCGGCUCGCCUUUAACCCAAUCCAGUACAACGGGAGGACUCGGGGGUCCGUUGAGGAAGCACAGCCUCGAAGUGCAGCAUUCCGAAUACCGCAAGGACGCCUUCCUGUCUGAACUGGGACUCCAGAGUCUGCUGGAGACAGAUGGGGAGAGUCUGCCACCUAAUCCUCCACCCCUGCCGUGCUCCUCGUCUUCAGCAAGCUCGGAGACUCGUGUGCUGAAGCCCGUGAGGAGAUUAGGAAGGCAAGAGUCGCCGCUUAGCAGGGAGACGUUGCUGGCUAGCAGAGAGAGGGAAGAGAAGGAGAGGGGAAGGGAACGAGAGAGAGAGACCGGGAGCGAGUCGGUCCAGGAGCGAUUGAGCCGGGUCGAAGCGGCGGCACUCCAGACAUCCUUGACAAGAAGACAUCACGCAGAGACCUUGAGUUCAAGACCAGGUGGAGAAACAACAACGACCGCUACGAGCAACUCCGCCAAAAGAGAAGAAGGUCCAGAAGGGCACAAAGGGUCCGAGAAGGUCACCCAGCGUCCAACUCCCAAACAACUCGACCUCAAGACAGCCAAAAGUAUACUAUUUGGUUGUAAAUCAUCUCAAGAGCACCUUGUAGGAAGUGGAAGGGAAACCAAGCAGGAGGGAGACACUAAUAACGGUCCUUGUUUACGGAAAAACUCCUCUGCCACUCCUGACAAAAUCAUCAACGCUACACUAAUGGGUAGUCCACUCGCUUUGCGGAAAGCCUUUAAACCCUCAGGUAUGGGGGACAGCUUAAGAAAAGCUGAGAGCACUGACUCAAGAACUUCAGACCUGAGCUCCAAGAGCCCCAAACUGCCCGCUCGGAUCCUUGCCCCCGCAGUCCCCCCGCACGGACCGCAACUGAGUCUGGCAAAAGUCCGACAGGGUCUGGGGCAAGUCAACUGCUAUCGGGGAACCCUGGACUGGGAGGACAAAUGUCGCCUGGAGGUUCUCGAGGAGCAUUCUCCCUCUCCGUCGCCCUCCCCCACCGCGGUCACCCCCUCCCUCUGCGGACCCUCGCUGUGUAAGUCGCGGCCAGUCUCCCCCGGUGACAAGACGAGUUUCGUCAGCCAGCUGACUACCGUGGCCAAAAACGUGCUGGGCCCAAUCAAGCUGGGCUCCCAGGAGGGCUCCAGAAGCAAAGAGCAGCAGAGCAAGACGGUGGACGACAAGCAAGCGGCCACAGCUGCGAGAUGUGACCCUGCGGGAGGUGGUCGGGGGCUCGUGGCCGCGGUGACCCAAAGCCCCGCAAGUUCAUCCCAAGAGAAGGCAGCCCAACCAAAAUGUGAUCCCUAAACCACAAACUAAAAUGCCUUCACGGGAGGAACAAUGUCGAGCACUUAAAACGUUGUACAUUCCAAUUUUAGAGCUUAUCAAAUCUUAUUUAUUGAUUCCAAUCAUUGACUGGUUCUACCUUCAAUGAGGAAAAAUCCACUGUCAAGGUGCAUUAACUUUGGAUUAUUUUAAUAAGAAGAUUCUUAAUGUAUUGUGGAACACUUUAUCAGAUGUCUUUAUGUGUGAGUCCACGUGGAUGCAUGUCCUUUGGUAUGUACUGUACAUGUAAAGUAGGUAUAAGAAGGUCGAAAAGUGCUUUAGUCAUCAAAACUGUGAAGACCAAAUUCAGCGACUGUGUUUCGUCGUCAAUCGCCGCACAGUCACGCUGGAAUGUUCGCAUCACACGCGAUGAUCGGGCUCCACGCAGCUGUUUAUUUUGGCCCAGCGGAUGGCGCUGUCAGAGGGUGGCACAUCUCGCAUGUGUGUGCGUGCAAGCGUGAGCGAGGGUCUGUUAUUGGUGGUUCCGGUGCUGACAGCUCAGGCUCAGCGCUUAUCUCCUCCACACAGGAGGGCCACCGCAGCCCUUCUGCCUCCACUAUGAUUGAAGCCUUCACACACAUGCACAUACACGCGCAUUGCCACGGGAGGCAAGCAGGUCAGCAGCUGAUAUUGCUGCAAUUUUAAUCCAGAGCUCCACCAAAUGUGUUUGCCUGACAGAGAGCCAAGCGGUACACACGGUGCUCAGAAAUGACACACCACUGAAAAUAAAACAAUAAGGGUGCCCAAUUGUUGUACCAAAUUUCUGGCUAUGCCCCUGGGUAGAGUUUGUCAUUUUGCCAAGGGAUGUGCUGAAGCCUGAAAGAAUUUAGCACAGUUUGGGCGGAGGGGGUGAAAAGGUUGGUCAUCAAGCACAGCAUGACACAAGUGGCUCAGUUUGAGGGAGAGGAGUGGGGGGGGGGGGGGGGGGGUUUAGUGGUAGUAUGCUUUCUCAUGCACUCAAUGUAUUUACAAUCAAUGACAUUGUUCCUCCAGACAGUUGUUAAUUUGCAUAAUCAUAUAAAACUAUUAGGGCAACACAGGGAACAAAUGCUCCAAGCAUUUGAGUUCAAAUUUGAAUAUUCCCAUCGCUUCAUUCUGGCAACAUCACUACUCCUAAUGUUACUAUUUGUGUCUUCUCGGUGUAGCUCUAAUACUCAUGAAAAUGAUCAUAACAACUGAAGAUAAGCCCCCCCUCCCCAAAGAAAAAUGUUGCUUUAAAGCAGUGUGGUAUCAUGAAAGGAUGGAUAUGUUUAGAAGCAAGGGGUAAGUAAGAAUCAACUGGCCCGGUAUUUGUGCACCCUUCCUUAAUACAAAAAUACACAAAAAUA